GGAGGGAGGGGAGGGCGUGCCUUCGCCUGGCGGCCAAGCUGCUCCGCGUCGCGGCUUUCCGCGGCUGGGUGUGAGGUCCUGUGACUCGGUUCUCCCCUUGCGAGACCGCACCGCCGCGUGACCCGAGUCGACGGUAGGGACUCCAUCGUCGCCCUCUGCCCCUGUCGCCCCCUCAGGCUCUCGAGACCGGCCCCUGCCCACCUGUCCGGCUCGUGCAACAUGCGGCCCCUGCGCCUCGAUGGUACCUCCCCGCCCUGCCGGCGACCUCUGCUGCGUCUGCUGCUCCUGCUGUCGCUGCUGCCGCCGCUGCCGCCGCCCUUAACGCGCGCCCAGACCGCUCAGGGAACCCCCAGCGCCCCGACCACGCCGGCCACCUCCAGCACCCCAAGCCUGCGGAAGCGCGCGCGGGCUCUGAUGCGAGACUUCCCUCUCGUGGACGGCCACAAUGACAUGCCCCUUGUCCUGAGGCAGUUUUAUGGCAACAGGCUACAGGAUGUUAAUCUGCGCAAUUUCAGCCAUGGCCAGACCAGCCUGGACAGGCUUAGAGACGGUCUCGUGGGUGCCCAGUUCUGGUCAGCCUACGUCCCAUGCCAGACCCAGGAAAGGGAUGCUGUGCGCCUCACCCUGGAGCAGAUUGACCUCAUUCGCCGCAUGUGUGCCUCCUAUUCUGAGUUGGAGCUUGUGACCUCAGUUAAAGCUCUGAACAAUACCCGGAAGUUGGCUUGCCUCAUUGGUGUGGAGGGUGGCCACUCGCUGGACAGUAGCCUUUCCGUCUUGCGUACGUUCUAUGUGCUGGGUGUGCGCUACCUGACGCUCACUCACACCUGCAACACACCCUGGGCAGAGAGCUCAUCUAAGGACAUCCAUCCCUUCUAUAGCAGUGUCAGCGGGCUGACCAGCUUUGGUGAGAAAGUGGUGGUUGAAAUGAACCGCUUGGGCAUGAUGGUAGAUUUGUCCCACGUCUCUGACACUGUGGCACGGCGAGCCUUGGAAGUGUCACAGGCACCUGUGAUCUUCUCCCACUCAGCUGCCCGGGGUGUGUGCAAGAAUGCCAGGAACAUUCCUGAUGACAUCCUGCAGCUUCUGAAGAAGAAUGGUGGUAUCGUGAUGGUGUCUUUGUCACCGGGGGUGCUGCCGUGCAACCUGUUAGCCAAUGUGUCCACUGUGGCAGAUCACUUUGACUACAUCAAGGCAGUCAUUGGAUCCAAGUUCAUUGGGAUUGGUGGAGAUUAUGAUGGGGCUAAACGGUUCCCUCAGGGGCUGGAGGACGUGUCCACAUACCCAGUUCUGAUAGAAGAGUUGCUGAGUCGUGGCUGGAGUGAGGAAGAGCUCCAGGGUGUCCUUCGUGGAAACCUGCUGCGGGUCUUUGGACAGGUGGAACAGGUACGGGAGACAAGCAAGGGGCAAAGCCCCUUGGAGGAUGAAUUCCCGGAUGUGCAGCUGGGCAGUUCUUGCCGCUCUGUUCUCUCAUGUCUGCCUCAGACACGGUAUCUGGCUCGAGACCAGAAACUAACUGAGACUUCGGCACAUUGGGCACCUAAGUGUUCACCUAAACAGUUAUUGUCAAAAUCUUCCCCCAACGUGGCCCCAAGCCUCACAGUUAUUGCUGCCUUUUCAGCCCUCAUUCUGUGGCUCUGGUGACCCAGUUAAUCCUACCAGAUGUUACUAUGGCAGUUGCAGAUACCCCACAUUGCCCUCCCUGCCCCCCCCCCCCCAUCAUGCAGACAGACACAUUUCCUGAAAAUAAAUGUUUUACACAUGGAAACAGGCAUGAGUGUCCUUCUCUGUGGCGGGGUCUGGUGGUGCCAGCUCCCAAUUCUGGUAGUUGGUGGAGGAACCUGCAGUUCAGCCACCAUUUACUCUAGCAACACCUGAGUCUCACUAGCAUGGCCUGAGAAGGCCCAGAUGGUUGGGCUCAGCACUAGAAGAAGACAAUGAGUAGCUUUGGCUGUGGGAGAGUGGACCUUCCUCUGGGAUGCCUCUCAAUAGCUCACCUCAGUCCACAUCCUGACCCACUGACCACCACCUGGGGAUCUUGAAGGGAACUCUGGUUCAUAUUCCCAAGAAAGGAACCUGCCUGGAUCACAAAUGAUCUUUGUUCCUGUUUGGAUAGAGCCCAGAAUGCCAGGCUACAGGAUAGUACAUGGGCUUCCAAUGACUGAACUUCCCUGGAUAUAGAUCCACUCCUUGCCCUGCCCCUCAGGGACUUCCUUUCUGAGAGGCACAAGCUACUUAGACAACCACACUAUCUUACCCCCAGGCAAUUAAUGGCAAUAGCAACUCUGUUAAUUAUAGCCAAAAUUAAGAGUUAAUACUAAGGACAACAGCUAAUAAUAAUAAAUAACAUGAUAAUAGAUAAUGGCUAAUAAAAAUAAUAGUUAAUACUACUAGCCUAUGCAUACCCCAUGACUGAGCAGUUUUGCCCCAGGUAUAUAUCGCAACAGGAAUGCAUACAUAGGUUUUCCAAAAGGCAUACGAAAUAACAUUUAAAGCAGUGCUGCUCAUAAUAACCCCCAACUGUGUACUUUAAAGUUAGACUGCAAGAAGAAAAAGACAGGAGAUUGUCUUAAAAACAGUCAUAUUUUUAAAAAAUCAUAUUAAUUUGAGGAACAGCAAUAAAACUGACAAAUGAGUGGGGUUUUUUUAAUAUGAAAUUUAUUGUCAAAUUGGUUUCCAAACAACACCCAGUGCUCAUCCCAAAAGGUGCCCUCCUCAAUACCCAUCACCCACC